AUUAAUUUCGUACCAAAUAUAAGCCGCAUCGAGGCCUUGUGCGAAAGAAUCGUUUUGAAAACAUUCUCGCUAGCCCACCGAUGCUUGCAAUUGUAGUACAAAUAGUGUAAUAGUGUAAUAUUGUAGUUCUGAUUAAGAUUAACAAGACUAGGUUUGUUUGUUGAGUAAUCAAGCUCUCAACAGCAUGGUGCUUGUUAAAGAAUAUCGAAUAUGCAUGCCGCUGACUGUGGAGGAAUAUAAAAUCGGACAGUUGUACAUGAUUGCCCGCCACAGUCUUGAACAAUCGGACGAUGGAGAAGGAGUAGAGGUGAUUGAGAAUAAGGAAUGUUUCGAUCCAGAUCACGGCAAAGGUCAAUAUACUGAAAAGAGGAUACACUUGUCCAGCCGUCUUCCCUACUGGCUGCAAGCUGUCUGUCCAAAGGUGUUCUAUGUUAUAGAGAAAGGCUGGAACUAUUAUCCUUACACUGUAACUGAGUAUACGUGCUCCUUUAUUCCAAAACUACAAAUUCGUAUAUUGACGCGGUUUGAAGAUAACGCUGGCACAUCGGAAAAUUGUCUGAAUCUUUCGGAAGAAACGCUUAAAACUCGAAUCGUUGAUCAUGUUGAUAUAGCUUUUGAGGAACCGGCGGAAAAACAUUACAAAAAAGAGGAAGAUCCCAAAUUUUUCAAGUCACAUAUCACUGGACGCGGCCCGCUUGUCGAGGGAUGGCGUCAAACAGACAGUCCAAUGAUGUGCUCAUACAAAUUGGUAGAAGCUUCGUUCGAAGUCUGGGGUCUGCAGACAAGAGUGGAGGACUUCAUACAAAAGUGUAUUCGAGAUGUCCUCCUACUGGGACACAGACAGGCGUUCGCAUGGAUAGAUGAAUGGCACGGAAUGAGCAUUGACGAUGUACGCAUGUAUGAGAAAGAUAAACAGAUGGAAGCGAAUGAUAAGCUGCGACAAUCGUUGCCUUCUGCACUGGAAACUGAUAAGACUCAGGAAAGCAACUAGCUCAUCACUGAAUAUGGUAGUGUAAAUGUUACGUGAUGCUACUCUGAAUCAUAUGUACCAAUUUGAACAGGACAGAUGGAAGAAAAAAACUUAGCAAGAUUUUAGGGUUAAUAGAUAGCUUUGGAUCGAUACCUUCAUCGAUCAAUGGCUCAAAAAUCCUCGCUCAGCUCACUAGCCAAUUCGACCAAAUAACUACAACAGUUACAAUCGUAUCUUUCCCUACGAUAGAAUCUCCGGGAGUAUGAGGUACAAAACAGAAACUAGACUCGAAUAAUGUCACUAUUUUUAUUAUACCCUAACACCAUCGAUGUUCUAUGCAUGCACGCACGUACUAUGAUAACAACUCAAAUAGCUUUCUCAGUAGUCAAAUACUUUAAAUACCGAUUGGGAUUCGUCAAUCAUCAUCUAGAAUAGAGUGAAAAUAGUUGAUAGUAAAUGGUUAGUAGAA